GUACCGAUAAAAACUACAGAUCACGGUGCAAAAAUUAGCGCUCAGACAUACAAAAGUUAUAAGGGUCAGAAAAGGACGAAUUUAAUCCAUACCAAUUUUUAAAUAGUGCAAUAUAACUAUAUAAAUUGGGUACUUUUAAUUGCAUCAACCUACAGAAUAAAGAAAAUGUAUAAUUUUAACCAUAAAAUGCACUGUGUAAAAACCAAACCCCCGAAAAGUAGCAAAAUUGCUGUUUUUUUACAUUUCCGCUCACAAAUAAUUGUUAUAAACUACUAGAGCUUACAGUCAUAAAGAUGCUGCAUGGGGCAGUAUAACAUAAACUAUGUCUGACACUAGGAUGCUUACUUUGCUGAAAAAUAGUACCGUACUGUAUGAAAAAAAGCUUUGUAUAAAUAUACAGAUCUCUUUAGUGAUAUUUUUAUACCUAGGCUGGUAACAUUGACAAGGGGGCAUCCUCUAUGUCUAGGGUAAAGAAGGUUUCACCAUCAUCAAAGACAGAUUCUUUACUGUAAGAGCAGUGAGAUUUAGGAACUCUCUGCCACUUGAUGUUGUGAUGCCUUAGGCUACAUUGAGCCCAUGUUUUGUUUAUGUUUGCAAUGUAUGCCUUUUUUUAUUAUUUUUUUUUUUUUUUAAAGUAAAAAGAGGUAUAGGUUAAUGGAUGCUAAAAAAUGUAUGCCAUCCAUUUACCAUUAAUAUACAUUAUAAAAAAGAACAGUAACUUAAAUGCAAAAAGAAACUGACUGUAACAGAAGCAGUAAAACAAAUAAAAAAAGCAGUGUGAACAUAGCCUUCCUUACACCAAGACUGUAAUAUGAUAAGAAAAUAAAAAGAUUUGUCUCUGCCUAUACUAUCAGUUAUUCUGAUAUACCCUUUGACACAGGGAGAGAUUUACAAAAAACAACGCAAGUUGAGCAGUGACCCAUAACAACCAAUCCCAUUUGUAGAAAAAAAAAAGGGAAACCUCAAUGAAUGGUGUUGCUGUCAGAACCUGACCUGUCCUUGCUCCCACACAGCAUCCGAUCCCUGUUUCCUGGACCUUGCUUGUUCCCUGACUUGCCUGCCGAUUUGGACCUGACCUCCUAUCUCCUGGUUUCAUGCUGCCUGUUGUUGACUCUGCCUAUGGUUCUGAUUUUGUACUGCUUUAUGGAAAAGGUCUACACUGUUCCAUCUAGCAAUUAAAUGGAAAUACUAAACAGAGGCAAAAUUGACACUCUUUGGCCUUGGUGUGAAAGGAGCCAAGGUGCGGUGAUUUAUUUCUCAGUUUAUUCUUUUAGGUUUCGUGAAUGUUAUGGUACUUGUAGGGUGGUGAUGGCCACUUGUUAUUAUCACAUUUUAUUUCCUCAGCAGACCAUAUGAUGGAAGAUAAGAAUCAAACACGGGUGGAAUUUUUCACCAUGAAAGGUAUUAGUGAGUUGCCUCAGCUACAAACCCCCAUCUUCCUCUUGGUUUUGGUUACUUACCUUGCUAUUCUUAUGGGAAAUUCUGCUAUUUUACUGCUUAUUUGCGAAGAUCACCAGUUGCAGACUCCGAUGUAUUACUUCUUGUCUCAGCUUUCCAUCAUGGACAUUUGUUACAGCACAGUCACCAUGCAUAAGUCACUGGCCAUGUACAUAUUUGGGGACAAAACUGUUUCACUCUCAGCCUGUAUUGCACAGAUGUGUUUUUACGUAGGUCUUCUCUGCUGCGAGUUUGUGCUCUUGACUGCUAUGAGUUAUGAUCGAUAUGUUGCUAUUUGUAACCCUCUACAUUACAGUACCAUCAUGAAUGGUAAAGUCUGUUGUAUUUUUAUGUCAGUUUCUUGGGUCCUUGGUUUUUUUAUGGUUGUUCCGGCAUUGUGUGUUACCUUUGACAUCAAUUGCUUUAAAUUAGUUGAAAUUGACCACUUCUUCUGUGAUCUUCUGGUCAUCAUGAAGCUGUUUUGCUACAAGGCCUUCAAAAUGGAAUACUUAAUUUAUGUGGCGUCAAUCUUCAUUGGCUUCUUGCCCCUCACACUCACUCUAACUUCUUAUGUUUUCAUCAUCAAGAACAUUCUUCGGAUCCCCUCCAGAACUGGCAAGAGUAAAGUCUUCUAUACAUGUUCUUCUCAUAUCACUGUUGUUUUUCUCCUUUAUGUGACAUUAUUCUGCACGUACUUGAGACCUUCUCCGUCAACCACUUUAGAGUCAGAAAAGUUUUUAACACUAUUUUACACUGCAUUAACACCUCUGUUAAAUCCUCUUAUCUACAGCCUGAAAAACAAAGAUGUAAAAAUGGCCUUCAACCGUCUGAUCAAGAAGAAUAAACUAUUGCUGUGA